CUCUGCUGUGAUCCUGGUUUGAAAGCGGACUGGUUUCGUUGUCACUCCUGGAUCGGGGGCUGACGAACAAUGCCAUGUGGAAAGAGGUGUUUAAGAGACUCGAAUCUCGUGGAUUGAUUGUGGACCUUGACUGAUUUCCGGGUCACGUGGUGGACGCACAAUGAGCGCAGUGGGAAUCGUUCACCAGCCGUAGUAACAGCAGUGGAGGUGCACUGGAAUAUCGCCGGGGCUGGCCUUGGUUCGGAAACCGCGGCUCACGUGACCGUAGUGGUGCAGCCCGCAGCUCUGAGCAGCCGUGCCGGUGCCGACACCAGCGGUACACCGAGCCCAGCGGCUCCACAAGGAGAGAGCGGUGGGAUUUCUACACCUGUAGAGAAAACACAGUGGGAGGGUCAAAGGUCCAAGAAAGAGGUUUCUGUAAUUCAUGUGCCCCUCAGUCUCUGCUGGGCAAGAUGAGUACAGACAGACCCAAACGGAACAUCAUCAAGAAGAAAUAUGACAUCAGUGACGGGAUGCCGUGGUGUGAGGAACGUUUGGUUCGCAAAGUUCUGUUCCUCUCCCUCAGGGAAUUCAGAGACACACACCGUGCCACACACAAACACUCACACAUACACACACGCGCACACAAACGCACGUCGAAGAACACACUCCUACAUGCUCCACGAAAGGUGCAGACGCUACCUAACACACACACACAGAAGAACACACGCACGAGACAGAGUGCCCACACGUCACAGCAGAGAGUCACACACAGACCACCGAACACACACACACAGAAAAACACACACAGUUCACAGAAUAUGCACAUUUCAGAACACACACACCGUCAUGAACACACCAACAAAGGGCAAAAAAACAACUUGUCUCAGGACUCACACGCACCAAAAACUAAAUGUAACUACACACUGCAGAGCACACACACACAGUCAAAAACGUGUACAGGGAAAAUGACACACAACGCACAGCAAACAGACACACAAGAAAACACACACACACUCCAGAAGAACUCUGUAUCCACCAGGACACUACGCUCACAUAAAACACACAACACAGGGUCGCUGCCGAACUCCAAACACACACAAACUGAGAAACACACACACAGUGCUCAGCGCAGACACUCAGUGAAAAACACCUGCACAGCCGAACACAGACAGACGCUGCUGAGAACGCCGGCCCCGGCCCGGACUCUGAGGUCACACACUCCCACGAGCCUCAGCGGCUCCCUGGUUAAUGGCAUCAGCCGGUGUCAGUCCCUCCUGUCAGCGAGUCCGAGCUGGAGCUGGCCCUUACAGACUCGCUCCCCACAGCGCCGCCCUGCCAGCAUUCACCGGGACAAGGACGACCCUGCCAGCAAGAGACCACGGCUGCAAGCACAGAGGAAGUUUGCCCAGUCCCCUCCCAGCUCUCCAGGACCACCAGUGUUGGUGACGUCGGCACGGAGUAACCACAGCCACAACCUGGCCGUGGUCACCUGUCUGACCAGACGUCGACCCAAGACUGAGGACUUCUUGUCAUUUCUCUGUUUGAGAGGUUCGGCAGCAUUGCCUAGCAACAUGGCAUUCUUAGCAAGUGGACGAGAGAAGGAGCCAGGUGACACUCAGCAUCUUACUUCCUGUCUUUCCACCAAUCACAGGACUGCAGCUGAUGGGAAGAAUAUGAGCAUAUUCAGUAGAACAGUGCAGCGGGACUCUCGGCCUCUGAGAGGGAGGCCUGGAGGCUCUGCAGCAGUCGGCUCUUUCUGCCCUCUAACUGCCAGGGCUCAGGGCAGGAGGGACAGAGAGGGGAGAGAGGAGGAGCAGCAGAGGAGGAGGAGAGAGAGGAUGGAGGAGGACAAGAGGGAGGGAGCUGAGAGACACCUCCUGAGACCUCGCCAGCUCUCCCUACAGGUCAGGAGGACUAACAAGGUUGCCAUGGUGACUGGACUUGCUCAACAAAGAACCUCCUGUGUCAGGUCAGUCCCUACCUUAAAGCCGAGUGCAGGGGUUGGCAGCAGACGAUCCCCCAGGCCCUGCACAAGGCCGAGCAAUACCUGUAAACCAAGAGGCCACCCCCAAAGCAGACCCCAGGAAACCAACAACAAACACCUCUCCCGGCAUAGCAACCACCAGCUGCCUCGCAAAAAGCACCUUCCUCUCCACCACCGAACAGUCUCGAACUACUAUAGCAACCCCAAGACCUUCAGUGGUCUCCAGAACUCAGGGAGAAAUUCGGGCAGGACUCCAGCUCAGAUACCAUUGACUAAUGGCUCAGUCAUCAGACACCUAAGUGAGAACCCUGGGGUCCUGAGGUUGUCCAGAAGGAGGAGAGGCCUCCCACCAGACACCAGCCCAGCCCCUCUGAACCGGGGUACUUUGGACAACAACUCAUCAAAGAAGUGCAGAGCACUGCAGUACAACAAUGCUGAUGUCUCACUGGAGAGUCACUGCCAUAUUGGUGAGAUCCUACAGGAGGAGGCCAAUGCUGACAAAGAGGUUAGAGAGGAGUACGUGAGCCAUAUGGAUAAAACCACAGGAAGCCACAAUGAAGAAGUUAGACAAGACAGAUGUGGCCAUGUUGGAGAGACGAGACUUGAGAGGGGCAGUUGUAUCAGUGAAGACCUACAGGACCAGGUAAAUGUUGGAAAGUUGAGUUUGACGAGCCUCACUGCUCUGGAGCCCUCUCAAGAAACGGUCGACUUCACCAAUGUCAUCUCAAACUACAACCUCAGCCCCGUCAGCGAGGUCAUAUGCAGACACGUGAGAGAGAAAAGGCUCCAGAGAAAUCAGCCCAAUUCAUCCACAACCCCCAAGCCAAUCAGCAGACCUACUGAAUCCAGGACUGUUGCCAGAACUGCUACUGCGAGGACUACUGUAACUAAAGCUGCUAUCAACUCAGUGACAUCUACAGACGUAUACACUGACCCACCAGGCAUUUGCUCUGCCAAGCACACUGCUAAGGGAACUAACAAAGGCACGAGCAAGGACGUUACCAAGUGUACUUCACCAGCCAGCAGUUACUCUACCCAUAAUUCCAAAGGUGCUGCAAAGGACUCUUGCAAUGGUACCACAGAGGACUCCAUUAAGGACAGUACACCUGUCAGUAGCUAUUCUAGCACUUCCAAGGGCUCGACGAAGGGCCUUACCCAGACAAAGUCUACUACCUCAGCUAUUAAGACCAGGACCAGCCCUCGAAUCCUUCUGAAGCGCUAAUGAACAGCUGAGCUACAUCUGAAACGUUCACUAUACUGAAAAUUCAUGUUGAAGACAAAACGACAUUGGAUACUGUUGAUCAUAAGCAGUGCAUGGUGAUGGUUGUUGGCUGGGUGGAUAGUGACGCAGUGUCAGUGGUUGUGGGAUCAUUUUAAAACAUAUUACACUUUGUAUAGGGGCCUGUAUAGUGAUUUCUGAUGCUUCCCUGCUGUAUCUGAAACAGUAGGUUGAUUUUUUUUAUUAUAUUAACAAAGGAGGAGGCUCUGGUUCUUAUCAAAGCACAUACAUUAACUUGAGGCAGUCUGCUGAGCAGUUUUCAGUAGCUCACCCAGCGGAAGCUGUCAUGCAUACGGCUACAUGCAUUCGCUGCGGUGCUUUUUGGCAGGUUUCUGACCAUCAGGUCACAGUACUGAGAAUCAACCUACCUACUGCCAUUUCAUUUAAACAGGAAUCAUCUGUUCAAGGUUGUCUUGAGGUUUCUAACCUGAAAUCUCCACCAGGACUAAAGGAUAGGUUCAAAUUUCAAUUGUCUAAUGUUUAUAUGAACAAUGAAACAGGUUUUACUUGUGGUAAUCAUUCCUCCUGUUCAUAAUGUCCUUUCCCAAAUUAAUUUCAGUAUAAGUGAUGGAGGACUAACUGUCUAAAGUUCCUUUUCAACUGGUCAGAAAACCCGCUAAGACCCGCUAACAUCGGGCUUUUGUCGGCAAUAGAAAAGGGAACAAUCUGCAUUCACACGCGGGUCAAAUGAUUCUGUAGUAGACGCAGGUAUUUAUUGGCUCCACUCAGCAGUGAUGUAAACACAGAGCACAAACACCGUAAACACACCCGUCACCUGCCCAGCACCGUGCUGUUAAACCAGAAAACACUGCAGCUACACUGCACUCCAUAAUGAAAGAGUGAACUGCAGCCCUGAGAUUAUAAAAACACACAAUCACAGAUCGAAGUGUCUCACAUGGAGGCUCCGACACUGACAUGAGCUCCAACCCAGAGGUGAGACGCGAGGGAUCCGUUUUACCAGUUUGUACAGCGGCUAGCAGCUCACUCUCUCUCCACUGCGUCCAUUUGUAUGUGUGUGUGUGUGUGUGUGUGCUCUGUAACUGCAUGUGGUGACGUUGUGUGUGUCCUAUCCGGCAAACUCGGCUGGCAGUAUAAAAGGAGUCAGUCGCUUUUGUUUUUAGCAGGUUUACCUGUGUGUAAAAAAAACAGUUUGUACCUGCUAAUGUUGGUGUAAAAAGGGUAUAACUCAGACUGCCAAAGCCUCAUGUUGACUCUGUACGGAACGAGGAGCGGGGAUGUUCUUAUCACUUUCACUGGAAUCAGAUUUAUGGAGGAAUGAUCACAGCAAGCAGAGCCUCUUUCAACGUUCAGAUGGGCAGGAGAGUAUUGCUUUGAGACUGACUUGUAAAAAUGUGAACCUGUCCUUUUAAGAAGUCAGUGAUGGAGACAUCCAUCCACUCUAUCCACACCCACCCUGACCUCCAUCAUGGCCACCAGAACCAGAUGUGUAAAACCAGCUGCACAGUCACCAGCCCAACAGCCUAUGUACUAUCAGAGGGACCUCCCAGUCAGGUAGGUUACGGUUGAAGUGCACCAGAACAAAACUGCUGUUGUUUUUAUUUAUUUAUUUUCCUCUACUGUUGAAGUCUCUUACGUCCGUACUGUCUGUACCGCUCCCAACAGCUCUGUACAUUAGUGUUUUGUUUUUGCUUCACAAGAGAAAGAAAACAGACUUGUUUUGUCAGAGGAGGAAGGGUCCACGUGUUGAUGUGUUGAUACCUUUGUAGAUACAGAAGGAUAUGUGAUUUGUGAGCGGCAGAUAUUUAAAUAAACACGUGUGCUUUGACCUUCACUGUUAACGUGGCCGUCACAUGAUAAUUGACUGUAUAAAACCCCUUGAUAUCGUUGAUUUCCCUGAAAUGUCAGAAGGUUUUAGGAUCACAUCAGGUGCUAUCAGGUGCUAUCAGCGUGCUCAAGAGCUUAUUUUUUGGAAAGUUUGGUAGAAGAGUAGUAAAACUGUAUGGAUGUAUUAAAUAAAAUGGGUUAACACAUGAAUUAAUAUUGCACAUUUCCUUACUGUAAAGACCCGUGUAGGAAUUAAAAAACAAAUACUGACUUUGGUGACUCUAAAAGCUGCUGUGGGGAACGCAGUGAACACCAACAUCAUUUUAAGUUGCUCUAAUCACGAUAUUCAACACACAGGGGCUUUAAAUAAUUGUAAAUGAGCUAUUUAUACUCUGUUGAUAUAUAUUUUAUCAUUCUAAAUCACUGGUCAGUGUGUUAAUUUAAGGCCAACACAUGUUAAACUAAGCUAUGAAUAAAGGCAUGAAUCAGUUUUCAUAUUCUGAACCGUCUCAGCUGUGGAACUUUUAACAAAACGUACUGAAGUUAUUUGUUAAUGUGAAUAAACACUUUUAUUGUGUUUUUAUCUGAAGUGUUGAUCCAUAAGAAGAUAUAUUUGUGGUUUUAAGAACCAAAAACCAUCUCUGUAGUUUCACAUCUCCUCUCUCAGGCUUCUCUCUGGAGCUCUAGUAACAACAGGUCGGUGAGCCAAUCAGAAGAGAGGAGGCUCUGAGCCUCUCUUCUGAUUGGCUGACUGUUUUCUGAGUAAUUGAAUAAAAUACAGCAGAUUUCAGGUAAACACUCAGAGAAACCAUAUCUUGCAAGAUUGGAUGGUGGGUCCAGGUGGGCGGAGCUUGGGGUGUGGCUGAAGGUGGUGACUGCUUUGUUGUGACAUCACAAAGUUACAGAAGUCCUGACGGCUGGUUUUAAGGCUCAGUUUCUGAAUCCAGGCUGUGUGCAUUUCUCUGUGGAGUGAGGCUUUGAUACUUUCACAGUAUUUAUAUAGAACCUAGACCUGAUUUAUAAUCAAAUGACACAUGACCUUUAAAUUCUAUUUAUGUUUUAUUUAUAGAUUUCACUGUCAUUGUGAAAUGAAAGCUCUUCCACUCAUGGUGCUUAAUACUUAACAUCACUGAUUCAUUGGGGUCUUCCAGAAAUCAUACUAAUUAUUAAUUAUAAACAAAUUAUUUACUACAGCAAACACAGCUGCUUUGUUGUAGUCAUUAUAAACACUAAAUAUUAUCAUGAUGCUUCCUUUUAUAAGCAGCUUCCUCCUGAUUGGUGCUUUGAAAGAGUUAUCACAUGUCUCCAUUUCAGGUUAAUUAAUUUAAUGCUUUCUACUCAUCAGUGAUCAUUAAUUACAGAGCCAUCUGGCAAGUUGUGUAGCUACUUCAUCACUGCAGCCAGUUGGACUCCCUGACACAGGACUCACUCUGUAUAUAUGACGUGUGAGCAACUCACUUAUUCUAAGUAGGUUUCCUUACAUAACAAUGAGCUGUAACACUGUUAUUACUGUCGUCCAUGUUUUGGCUUCAGUGGGACUUUAUUGAAUAGAUAUGACUUUCAUCAGGGACACAAAGUCAGUGCUUUCAAGUCCAUUUGAAAAACGUGUGUUCACAUCGAGCACCUCACACUAACUUCAUUUAGAGCAAAAAUGUGCAAUACACUUGUUUCCUGCAGAUUCUGUUUUUCAUCUAUUUUCACGACAGCUAAUUUCAGAAGACGAGUUUCCAACUGAGAGAGGACAUAAUGAUUUCAUGCCUUUAUUCUUGACUUUAUGAAUUUAAGUGUUAUCUAAUACAACUUGGAAGUGUUUGUUGUUAAUCAGUUGUUUUGUUAUACUGUAUCUCUACCUGUCAUUAUGUAUUCAUUGCUUUUUGGUAAGAUGAGCAAACUGUCGACAUUUAACACGUGGAAAGGCAAAUAUUUGUGCAGCGACGUCUAAGCUAACUGUAAAAACUCUGUAAAUGUGAAUGAUUUGAAUGAGAAUUUGCAAUAAAAUCCCUUUGUAUAUUUA